AUGAAAGUGCCAACUUCUGCAUUUGUUGCCGCCGCUACUGAGGUUGCCGAUACAUCUGAAACGGCACAUUCUGGCCGUACGAUGGCGAGAACUAUGACAAUUGAGCCAAGUCUUAGUAGUAGUAAUCGUACCAGUAAACGUACGAUUUCCUCCUCCUCCUCGUCGUCGGCGGCCUCCGACUCUUACUGUGUUUCGUUGGCUGUAGGACCGCUGUGGUGGUCCGAUGUCCCAACAAUCAGGACCGAUCACGAUAGGGCCUCUCCCUUGAAGGAAUACAAUCGCAAGGAUUCUUUCGAUUCGACAACGACCACCGCUUCCUCUGAGUACUACGAUCUGGAUUUCCCCGAAUCAACCGUCGACUAUUUGAACCAUCAGGAGGCAGCUGUAAUUCAAGAAGUGCUGAGUCAAUCCGCCCCAACGCCGAUUACUCUGAAGCUCUUCGUAACACCCCAAAAGUGCAGCAGCUGGGAAACGGUGUUUAACCCAAUCGAAAACAUUCUGUACGUGUCGCUGCCGUCUGCAAUGUCGCACGAGGCGUCGAAACACUCGUUCAUUUCGCUGCUCGAAUUCGCCGAAGAGAAGCUGGAAUGCGACGCCGUCGUACUGUGCAUCCGCAAGGACCGCCUCGACCGCCCGAACCUGGUACGAACGUUCUCUUUUGUUGGUUUUCAGCCGCUCAGCCCGAAGUCGCCGCUAGCUCCACCACAUAUCGACGAGCAGCAGAAGAAUGAGUAUCUCUUCAUGGUCUACAGCAUUGAGGAGUAGAAAACACGGUCGGAAAUCCAUUUCACCAUGAUCCGUCUUACUAUCCGUCAUCAAGGAUCAUAGUAUCACAAAGGAAAGGCGUGCGUGGGUACUGUUGUAUUAAAAUGAAAUUCGUGUCUUAGAUCGGUAUUGCUGUGUGUGUGAGUGUUACAAUAUUACCAUCAAUAGUAACAAGCAACGAUCGAUCUGGAUGUGAGCGGCAACAACAUCAUGCAGUGCUCUUAAACGAUAAGAACGAAGUUGACCAACUGAGCUUCGGUUGGUGGCAGAGAUCGUUGCAUUCCAAAUCGGUCUGGUCAAAAUUCGUUCGUUUUGAUACAAUAGUAUGAUACAUAGUUUAACGCAAGUUUGAAAUGCUAUUUAGAAAAUACGCAUACAUUCUAGAUCAUCUCAAUAUGCGAGCAUCACCAUCAACUAACAACCAUUAUGCUUGUUGAAUGGUUUCUUCAGUGAAAAAUCCACCAUUUCACACCCAUUCUUAACAAAGCUAUCGCAAUCAUACAUAUAAAGUCCAAGAAGAUAACAUUUCCCUUUUCGAAGAUUACAAUACCAGCUAGGUUCUUCACAGCAACACUUUACAUGAAUGGACGUUGAAGAAACUUUAGUGCGUACGUACAGUACAGUAGAAUACUAAUGGGAAGUAAAAUAUUGAAACAAUGAAGAAAAGCAUCAUCAGAAUCGGUAUCACGAUCUAACCAGUCGAAAUACUUGCGAUUUGUAAUUGUUUAAGAGAUAUGCUACUAUCAUGUAAUCAAAAAAAAUCAUUAAAAAAAAAUAAGGCAAAAAAAUCAUAAAAUUGAAAAAAAAAACCCAAAAAAAAGGUUUAUUGUUUAAAACAUUUUGCAACAGUUUUCUUUUCCACGUCAAUAUUGAAACACAACUAAGAUAAAAAAAUGAACUAACAAACAGCGAAAAAAUAACUGUCAUUCAAAAUGCAAUAUUAUGGAUUAGAUUUGUCAGAAGUAAAGUAACAGAGUAACAGAGAAGUAAAAACAGAGGUGUCAACAUGAUGUAAACAAAAUGCCAGCUAGGGCUUGUCCUCAAGAUACAUGUUUUAGAAGCUGCGUAAAUAAUCAACACAACAAAGAUAACCGGGAAAAGGAAAAGCGUCGACUACGAGAUAGAAGACUUCUUCGGUGCGUGGCGUAUAGCUAGUGCCAAUGAAACAGGGAAGAGCGUAGAGAAAAUGACCGAUCCGGAGGUACGAUUUCCCUCGUAAUGCAAGUUGAACGAUCAUACAAGUUUGUUGGACGAUCUUGUCCCGUAUAUAGUUGCACUAGUUGCGUUGGUUUCGUUAUGUUGUCUAACUCAGCUGAUAUAUGUCUCUUUGUGUUUCUUACUUUAAUUUCUGACAAGCAUAUUACAACCAGUACUUACUGAGCGUUGCAAUGUGUCCGCCCUAUCACGAGAUGACCUUAGCAACUGUUUCGUUUAUCGAUGAAAUGAUAUAUUUCUGGCACGUUUCCACAACAUUUAUUAGAGUUAAGCACUUACGUUAUACCUAUGUAAUACAUAAUUUUAAUGUUUCCCUUCUAAUAUUUCAAUGAAUUUGCUAAGAUUCCACCACCGAUGAUGGUAUUGUAAUGCUUUGCAUUGUAGCAAAAUGUUCAACAGUUCCUCUCUGCAUCGACACACAUUCAAGCUUGUGGAAACCUAUACGUUUGUAGGGUAAUGGUAAUCGAUGUAUGUUGUCAAUGUGUGUGUAACAGUGCAACAGCUUCAAACCCUUUCCCUACAGACUGUGUAAGUACCAUUAGGCAAACAAUGAAAACGAGGCAGUAGAACCUGUAAACUUAUAGCAGAAAAUGUUUGAAACAACUUGACACGAAAAUGGGAAUGUAUCUCAAAACAAAAUAAGGGAAAAAGUAAGCAUGAAUCAAAAGGCAUAACACCUUGAAUAGAGACAGAAAAAGCAAGGAUGAGAGAGGGGAUGAUUUUUCGAAACAAUUAUAAACACCGCGUUGUUGUUCUCGUUUACUUCUUCCCCAACUUUAUAUGUUGUUAAUGGGUUUGGAGGCAGGAAAGUACUGUACGCAACCCUGCAUAUAUAUUAUUCUUAUUACUAUUUUUAUCUAUCACAACAAAGAAAACAUAUAAACAAAGAGCUUUUUUUUAAAAUACACUUUAAAUUUCCAUACGAUUGAUUAUCUCGUGUUUUGUUUGAACUUCUUUCUAAAGACAUUGUGCUUGAUAACAAUUGAUACGAAAUAAAAUUUGAAGUGAAUAUACUUUUGACA